AUGGUUGCAUCUGUUUAUUCAACCAGUGCAUCAGUUCAGUUAAGUACAAAAAACAGUGCACCAGUACUGAAGCAAUGCAACAUUUUCGAAGCAGUGCAACUGUUCUAUGUCACUGUUCACAUUUUGUCAAAUAAUUUGUCCAAAAAGAAAGUUCUCAUCAAUCGAUUGCCAAAUCCAAAGCCGAGCCAAGCGAGCGGCGAUGACAACGACGCGAGGCAUCUCUAUUUCCUUGCCUCAGUUACCAUGUGGAGUUUAUGUGGAAUGCACAUUUUGGAGGUUCCUGCUUGCCCUGUCAAUAAUACUGGACAGCAAUCAAAGUCUAUGGAGCUUGUGCUGAAAAUUGUUAUUCCCGUGGUUACUUCAUCCUUUUUGAUAUUCUUGUUGGCUUCAGAUUGGAUAAUGAAAUGGAAGAAGAAACAAAAGUUGAAAGAUGUUGAAAAAGUACUGGAGAUCGGAACCUAUCAAUUGAUUUCUUAUCAUGAGAUUCAACGAGCAACAAAUAAUUUUGAUGGAUCAAAUUUAAUAGGUGAGGGAAGCUCUGGCUCUGUAUACCAAGGCACAUUAUCUAGCGGAAAUGUGGUGGCCAUAAAGGUUCUGGAUUUGGAAAAUGAGCAAAUGUCCAACGGGAGUCUCGAAAAUUGGUUGUACGGAGAAGAUUUCCACUUGAACCUUCUUCAAAGAGUUACUAUAAUGCUUGAUGCGGCUAUGACAAUAGAAUAUCUACAUCAUGGUAAUGACACUCCGAUAGUUCAUUGUGAUCUGAGGCCAGCAAAUGUACUUUUGGAUGAAGAUAUGGUGGCUCAUGUUGGUGAUUUUGGUAUCUCUAAAAUUUUAGCUGUAAGCAAGUCCAUGGCACAUACCGAGACAUUGGGUACUCUUGGCUACACUGUACCAGGGACUAUGAUGGACGUUAUAGAUGACAAUCUUUUUCCCGAAGAAGAACAAAUCACUUCUAAAAGUGAAAUUUGCAUAGCGUCCAUGGUUGAAUUGGCUUUAGAUUGCACAAUGGAAAUGCCAGAAUCAAGGAUAACCAUGAAAGAUGUAGUCAAGAGGCUUAACAAAAUCAAGAAUGUAUUUCUAGAAACCUAG